AUGCCGAACGGUGAACUGAUUGUGGUGAAAAAGCUUUGGAAAACAAAGCAAGAUGAAGAGCCAGCAGUGGACUCAUUUGCAGCAGAAAUUCAGAUUCUUGGACACAUUCGGCACAGAAACAUUGUGAAGCUCUUAGGUUAUUGUUCCAAUAAAAGCGUUAAGCUCCUGCUAUACAAUUACAUUCCAAAUGGUAAUCUGCUACAGCUUUCGCAAAGUAAUCGGAACUUGGAUUGGGAAACAAGGUACAAGAUCGCCGUUGGAUCAGCUCAAGGCUUAGCUUAUCUUCACCAUGAUUGCAGACCAGCAAUUCUUCACAGAGAUGUGAAAUGCAAUAACAUACUCUUAGAUUCAAAGUUUGAGGCUUAUUUAGCAGAUUUUGGGUUGGCAAAGCUGAUGAACUCUCCUAAUUACCACCACGCAAUGUCCAGAGUUGCAGGCUCUUAUGGUUAUAUUGCCCCAGAAUAUGGAUGCACAAAGAACAUUACCGAGAAGAGUGAUGUCUACAGUUAUGGGGUGGUCCUGCUGGAGAUACUAACGGGGCGCAUGUAA